GUCUGCUGGUCCAGUUUACUCGGAUCGGGAUACAAGGACCUACAAUGUUGGCGGCACUCCACUCACGGAGACACUCGCCUUUCGCAGACCUUUUGUCUCAUUCCCUUGACAACAUCCCACCGGACAAUAGACUCCUGGCGCUCGGCGUCGGCCAACCAUAACUCGUGCCGCCCGACAAUAGCCCGGCGGCGACCUCACUCUCGGUGCCGCGAGCGCAGGCGGAUUGCUUGUCUUUAAAGAUCGUCCGUAUGAAUGGAUGCGCACAUAGACAGCCCGACAUGUCUGUCAUGACGCUCCAAGGCCAGCCCGGCCGACCCACCCCGAAGAGCAGCCAGAGCAACAAACUCCGACUAUACCUCCUCUUCUACCGCUCGCCCGACCACGCCAAGUUCCACGCCGCGCUCACCAUCGCGCCGAAAAAGCCCGACCCGGCAAAGGUGCAGACCCUGCGCUUCCGCGCGGGCGAGAGCAAGCAGGUGGUCAACUACGACCAGAGGAUGGUCGCCGCGGUGCUGCUGUGCAAGCUCGACCCGGACGUGACCGGCGUCGGGCUGUCCAUGCUCCUGUCGAGGGAGGUGCCGGUGUAUGAUAGCGGCGGCGGCGGUGGUGGGAGGCAGUGGGUGUGCGAUGCGAUAAAUCUUCUCGUUGACCGAAAGGUUAUCCCCGCGCUCCCGCUGAGCGUCCACUCCCUUUGGGAGAAAGGAUAUCACUUCGCCGAGAGCGUCGAAGAGGAUGAAGAUCGACAAGUUCCUACGUGCGACGUCUACGGCGCCAGGAUUCGCUCCGAGUUGUCAAGAAUAUCAUAA